AUGCAACAGGCACAAGGUGGCUCAUCAAACCCUGUCUUCACACCAUCAAGCUACACCAACCACCCAGUCAGAGCAACACAAGACUGUCCAUCUUUCGAUCUUAACAUAAGUUUUCAUGAAGAUGAGGGCACCAACAGAGGCCAAUCCACAGAACUGAAGCCACGCAACCUAGAUGCCUGCAUGUCAGAAAGCGGAGAUGAAUGGGGCUUGGAUCCGGAGGAGCUACAAAAAGUGUGCUAUGAGGCAGAAAAGGCAUUUGCAUUGAAGAAAGAAAAGGAAGAGGAGAGGCUAGAAAUGGAGGAGAGGCUAAGAAAUGGAAGGCAAAUCAACGAUCAAAAUUCAAAAACACCAGUCACAGCAACCACAAACACAGAAAACGUCGCUAGUUCAUCAAGAACUCCAGCAGCGGUUGGGCACGAGCGGAGAGUUGUAAGGGCACCAGCUCAACUCAGGUCGCCAUACAUACGCCCAGAGAACACAGAUCCAUUCUACUGCUCAAAGAAAGUUCGCGACAUCUAUGAUGAUGUGUGCCAGUAUAGUGUGACCCACACAAUGCAAGCCGGCACUAGAAAGCCAAUCAUAAACUAUGACGCGCUCUACAUCAGCUGCAAUGAACUUGCACAAUCGAUGGCACCUAGACAAAAGAUGGACAGCGUGGUGGCCGAGAUUGCAAUUAUUGCAUUGAGUGAAGUAGGGCUGAGGCCAAAGAAGAGAUGAAUACUACUACGAGUAGCUACAUUCUUCCAGAAUAGUAGUUUCGCAAGGAACGACAUAGACAGACAUUUUGACAACAAAACUAGGAGGCUAAGCAGAUGUGAAUCAGGGGCUGGAUCCCGAUGGAAAAAGAUGCACUCCUCCAGAGUUGCUGGGAAGAAUAAGAAGAAGAUGGGGCCGCCCCGCCUCGUUGCUCGCCUCCAGGCUGCCGAGUCCGCGCCUGAGCCGUCGUGGCCACGCCUGAGCCGGCAUGACUGCGGCCUGUUCUGCUCCACUCUGGCCGUCUCCACAUUGCCAUGGGCCGUCACCCUUCUCAGGCCGCUCCUUGCCCGGUUUCGAGUUAAGUCGCCGGGCGCCGUCGUUGCGGCCGCAGACGCCAAGAUGCUGCUUCAAUUGCCGCUGCCCUGGCCGCUUCGCCGGCUUCAAGCCAUCCGCCUCUCCGAUUCACUUUGCCGGAUUAACACCACGCCGCUGGAGCGUGGUUCAACCCGCCGUCCGCCUCGUGCCCGAGUUAACACCAUGCCACUGAAGAUCGCCGACCCCGUGCCCGUGGACUCGCUGGCCUGCCAUGCCGCCGGGUUACCACGCCUCGUCCCGGCAACCUGCCCUGGCCGCUUCGCCGGCUGCGCCCGAGCCACGCGGCUGUGA